CUAAGAUCUUGCAAGUUGGGUCCUAGCUUUCCUAGUUGGCUCCAUACUCAACGCUCUUUAUUUUAUCUGGAUAUUUCUGAGAAUAGUCUUAAUGGUUCAGUACCAAAAUGGUUUUGGAACAACUUGCAUAAUGUGAGAUAUUUGAAUAUGUCUCAGAAUAAUCUCAGUGGUAAAAUUCCUAAUAAUAUAUCAUGGAAGCUUUUCGAAAGACCGUCCAUAUCUCUGAAUUCAAAUAAUUUUGAAGGCAAAAUUCCGCAAUUUUUACUACAAGCUUCAGAACUAAGGCUUUCUGACAAUAAAUUUUCAGAUUUGUUUUCAUUCACAUGUGACCAACGCACAUAUGCAAUGGCCACUUUGGAUUUAUCAAACAAUCAAUUGAAGGGACAACUCCCACACUGUUGGAAAUCUGUAAAUCAGUUAGUGUUUCUUGAUUUAAGCAAUAAUAAAUUGUUAGGGAAGAUUCCUGUGUCCAUGGGCAGCCUUGUUAAAUUGAAAGUCUUGGUUUUAGGAAACAAUAACCUGACGGGUGAAUUAGCUUCCACUUUGAAGAAUUGCAGCAAUUUAAUUAUGUUGGAUGUGGCUGAAAAUAUGUUUUAUGGCCCAAUACCAUCAUGGAUAGGAGAAAGUAUGCAACAAUUGAUAAUAUUGAACAUGCGAUCGAAUCAUUUCUCUGGAGAUCUUCCUAUUCAACUCUGUUAUUUGAAGCACAUUCAAUUCUUGGAUCUUUCGAGAAAUAUGUUAUCAAAAGGAAUUCCAUCAUGCGUAAAGAAUUUGACUGCAAUGACUGAAAAGAACAUCAACACAAGUGACACUCUACAUCGUAUAUAUUCGAUCAAUAUCACCUAUUAUGAAAUAUAUGGCGUUAAUGGUGACGAAUAUUACACCCUUAACAUAAGCUUGAUGUGGAAAGGUGUGGAACAGGGAUUCAAGAAUCCAGAGUUAAAGCUUAAGAGCAUUGAUAUUUCAAGUAAUAAUUUAAGUGGUGAAAUACCGAAGGAGAUUGGAUAUUUGGUUGGGCUAAUUUCUCUUAAUUUAUCCAGAAAUAAUCUGAGAGGAGAAAUUCCUUGUGAGAUUGGGAAUUUAAGAUCACUAGACUCCCUUGAUUUAUCAAGAAAUCAUUUCAGUGGGAAAAUUCCUUCUGCUCUUUCUAAAAUUGAUGGUCUGGACAAACUAGACUUGUCACACAACUCUCUUUCAGGAAGAAUUCCAAGGGAAAGACACUUUGAAACCUUUGAUGGGUCUAGUUUUGAAGGAAACAAUGAUCUUUGUGGUGAACAAGUGAGAAAAAGUUGUCCUGGAGAUGGAGAUCAAACAAUAGUAAAUCUUUCAAAAGCUGAAGCAAUGAAUGAUGAUGAAGAUAGCUGUUUCUAUGAGGCAUUAUACAUGAGCAUGGGGAUCGGAUACUUCACUGGAUUUUGGAGCUUAGUAGGGCCAAUGCUGCUUUGGCGUUCUUGGAGGAAUACUUAUCUGAGAUUCCUUAAUAAAUUGACAGACCGUAUAUGUGAUCGGUCGUAUAGAAUGUGACGAGAAAAAGGUAAACAAUAUGGAGUCCUGAGCCAGAAGAUUGCUUUGUAGGCUUUUAAACAUGAAUUUGAGGAAGAGUAAUGGGAUAAAUUUGGAAAG